AUGACGAUGAUGAGAAUUAAGCCAGCAGAGGUGGCCUGAUUUUCGGUGUUGUUUACGUGAAGCUUCGGGGACCGAGGGUGGAAAUUGGACCGUUUCUGAAGGGGCCUUUCCGGUACGAGAACUGACGCGCGCCGGUACUUCCCCUGCUAUGUGACCUUUUGUAGCUCACGACGUGGUUAUACAUUACUAGUAAGUGGGUCACCGCGCUCUACCGAGAAGAGGUGGUGUGCUACAUAGGAGUUUCUAUUUCUCUCAUUUCCUCUUGAGCCAGGGUUUGCGUUCAACUGCCUUCUGGAGAUCGUUGUAGAGACGGAUUCACCAGUUGGGUUUCCGCUGAUUUGUAGUGAAUUGUGGCCACUGGGUCUGGAGUGACGAUGGGGGCAUCGAGGAGUGUUCGAUUGGCUUUCUUCUUGGUUGUUUUGGUAGUAUUAGCAGCCUUAGCUGAGGCAAGCCCUCGCAGGAUCGCGCUGAAGAAGAAGCCCGUCACCUUGCAAUCGGUGAGGAACGCUGCAUCCAGGACGAUUCAGAGGGCGAAGACGUUUACGAGAAGUGAGGAUGAGCUGAGGGAUGGCGAGGACAUCGUGGCGUUGAAUAACUAUUUGGACGCGCAGUACUUCGGAGAGAUCGGAAUAGGGUCGCCUCCCCAGCCCUUCGCUGUCAUCUUCGACACCGGGAGCUCCAAUCUCUGGGUCCCGUCUGCCAAGUGCUACUUGUCGCUGGCUUGCUACUUUCAUCAUAGGUACAAAUCAGGCAAGUCGAGCACAUACAAGGAAGAUGGAACGUCGUUUGCUAUCCAAUACGGCACUGGGUCUAUGGAAGGUUUCUUGAGUCAAGACGAUGUCACACUUGGUGAUCUCACGGUGAAAGGCCAGGUGUUUGCUGAAGCUACGAAGGAGCCUGGUCUCACUUUUGUCGUAGCCAAGUUUGACGGCAUUCUUGGUCUUGGAUUUAAGGAGAUUUCUGUAAACAGGGUGACUCCUCCAUGGUACAACAUGUUGGAUCAGGGGCUUGUGAAGGAGCCUGUUUUCUCUUUCUGGUUGAACCGAAAUCCAGAUGAAUCUUCUGGCGGUGAGUUGGUUUUAGGUGGUGUUGACCCUAAGCACUUCAAGGGUGAACACGUUUAUACUCCUGUGACGCGCAAGGGAUACUGGCAGUUUGAUCUUGGUGAUGUAACCAUCAAUGGACGCACCACAGGUUUCUGUGCGAAUGGUUGCACUGCCAUUGCUGAUUCCGGCACGUCGCUGCUUGCUGGACCAUCGGGAAUCGUUGCAGAAAUCAACCAGGCCAUUGGUGCUACUGGUGUUGUUAGCCAGCAGUGCAAGAUGGUUGUUCAGCAGUAUGGUGACCAGAUUGUUGAGAUGCUCUUAGCUCAGAUGAACCCCGGGAAAGUAUGCACUACUCUUGGUUUAUGCAACUUCGGAGCUGGUGAGCCAGGGAUUGCCAGCGUUGUGGAGAAGGACCAGUCUCAUUCUCUGCGCGAAGAUCCAUUGUGCACAGUAUGUGAAAUGGCUGUUGUGUGGGCCCAGAACCAGCUCAGUCAGAACAGAACAAAAGAGCAGAUCGACGCUUACUUGAACCAGCUUUGUGAGCGAUUGCCAAGUCCGAAUGGCGAGUCUGCGGUAGAUUGCAAUUCGCUUUCCUCAAUGCCAAAUGUGGCCUUCACUAUUUCUAACAAAACCUUCGAGCUUAAACCAGAGGAGUACAUUCUCAAAAUUGGGGAAGGAGCAGAGGCGCAGUGCAUCAGUGGUUUCCUAGGACUUGAUGUCCCUCCUCCAGCAGGGCCUCUGUGGAUUUUGGGAGACGUUUUCAUGGGAGUAUAUCACACAGUUUUCGAUUUUGGAAACACCCGCUUAGGAUUUGCCGAGGCAGCCUAAAAGAUGACCCGCUCAACACGAAAUACCGCCGUCUUUUUCAGCAUUAGAGGAAAUGAUGGUGAUCGUGUUGGAGAAGUGGUUCUGUGGUAGUAUUCUUACACUACCCUUCAGCUGUAGCUAUUGUACAUUGGUACAGAUAAAAUCCUAGUGGUGUUUUGAAAAUAGUUAUGAGCAUAAGUUGAUAGUGUGCGCUUACUACUUCAUCAAUGUAUUUUGAGUGAAUGGAUGCAAACAAAUGGUCAGGUGGUUAGAUUGUUGUUGCAAUCGGCACUGUUAUCAUCACUUACACACAAAUGUAUGUCAUGUAAAGGCGAUACCAUGCUACUAUCAAUUUUCUUUAUUUUUCUUGAGUAGAUUACGGUGGAGUUAAAUAAAACAUGGCUUAGUUGUCAA